UCGGAACUGAAAACGAUUAUUUCGUCUUUGCAUUCUCCCGCUUAGCGGCAGGUCUGUCGUGUGCUAGUGGGGGCGACCUUGAUUCGUCCUUGUGGGUAAGGCACGGCGGGAUCCUCGGACGUGCCGAAAGGAGGAACAUCUCUCCGGAUAGAAGUGGGAAAUACACACGACUUUAUCUCCGUACCGCAUUUCCUCCGGGUUCGUUUACCGGAGGUCAAGUUCAACCAAGAUAACUGGCCACCAAACUGUCAGGUCGCCGGGAGCAGUACGGACCAGAUGACCACCGAGCGCCAAGCCUGCGGUCUUGGUUCUUUUUUUCCCAUGAGUUGUCGGGGUCGGGCCGAGGCUUUUGCCCGUCGGCUUCAAAGUCGUCUGCAGUCUUUGGGCCGCACUGGUUCCAGAGAUGGCGCAUCCUCCCCAGCUGACGAAAACAGUUGGUUAACGAGACAACCCGAGGUUACUAGCCACCAACCUCGACUGAGUUCUUCCUCAGAGUCCGACAUUUACUUCGACUUCGACCUGGACUGCGAGAGUCCCGGAAGUCCAGUUGAAGAAACUCCAUACUCAGAAACUCUCUCACACUACGUUGUGAACAAGAACCGAGCCUUCCAUUGUCCUCCAAGGGCACAGUACUCUUCUGAAUCUGGCUGUGUGUCCUCACCAUCUACAGUUACUGGUACAUCUCCGGACAGUGACAGUUCAGAUGGUGUUUACUUUGAUUCGGAGAAUGUAGACGCUGAAUUGUACAGUAACCAUCAAAAUCGUAAACACGAGCACAGCCCCGAAUCUUCUCGAGAGACUGGUUCAAGGGACUGCAACCAGAUUGAAGUUCCGAGUUCAGACAAUAGCCCAAAUGUUAAGUUAAAUGGCCACAUCGUGGGUCUGAAACAAGAAUCAUCAACUUUUGAUGAAUUCAGGCGUGUUGGAAAGCGUAAUUUUAGAAAUGCAGCUGGUUUCAGAGUCAGUAGCGAAGAUAAAGCAUCACGAGGCGCGAGUGAAAGAGAUAUUAAGCCUGUCUCCUUCAGUGAUCUGGGUUCUCUAUCCAGUGAAAGUUCUAUCACUGAUGAAUAUUUUGAGUGCAUUUCGCCAAAACUAGAGGAGUCAUUGUCUGACGUUGCGAAGCGCUUGAAUGAUAGCGGAUACCCAACCAUCGCCGAGUCUUCCACGUGUAAUUCACAAAAUGAAACCCGUCAGACUGAAACUAACAACUCCGACCCACCACGAGAUGAAGUCUGCAGCUUUGCGCAAAGCUGUGAUGUAUCAAGUGGAAAUACAGAUUCCAUCCCUCAUAAGUCUGACGAAAUUUCUUCGGAGACUGAAGAGUCUCUGAAUUCCCCUGGUCCUGAUAUCUCUAGAACAGACGUGUCUUGUAGCAGUGAGCCUCACUCUACAGUAUUCAGUCUUGAUGAAAGCAAGUCUCACCUGGAAUCCCUCAGCUCAAGGUCCACAGAUAUUUCUGAAAACCCAGAUGAUACUUGUAUCAACUCCUCUUCAGAAUCUUUGUACACUUCAACUCUAAUCCGGCCUAGCAAACUUACCAUCGAUUGUCGAAUCAGUCUCACGGACGCAUCGGAACAAAUAGAAGAAAGAGAAACUACAGAAACAUCUGAUAAGAAAAUAAGUGAAGAUGAUGAUGAUGAUGAUCUAAACCGACCCACUCCUCGAGUUCGACGCUGUUCCUCUCUCAAGACGGGAAAGACCCCUCCUGGCACACCAGGUCGUAAGAAGAUCGUUCGAUUUGCAGAUGUACUAGGAUUGGAUCUCGCCGAUGUCCGAACAUUCUUGGAUGAGAUUCCCAAGGUUCCACGUUCGGCCUAUGAAGAUCUUCAGUGCGCCGAGCUCUCAGACACUGUUGCUGAUUCGUCAAUGAGAGAAGGAACUCUGAGUGAUAUCCUUGGGUCAGUGUGUCUGAGCGGGAAAUCUAAACCAGACCGUUGCCUGAUUCCAUUGUUCCAGCAGCCAGGCGGCCAACCUGACUUCAUAGACCGCGUCAGAGAUGAUUUCGUAUGCUUGGAGAAUGCUAUGGUCACCGAUACAGUCUCAUACAGCAUUUCAGGGACUGUCCGAGUGCGAAACUUGGACUUUCACAAGAGUGUUCAUGUAAGGUAUACUUUAGACGGAUGGAAGACUUUCGCUGACCUGCAAGCCACGUAUGUUCCAAACACCUGUGAUGGUUUCUCUGAUAAGUUCAGCUUUGUUUUGUAUGCUCAUACGGUUCAAGUUGGACAGCGCGUCGAGUUUGCCAUAAGGUUUCAGUGUAGGGGUGGACAGUACUGGGACAGUAACCGUGGCGCAAACUAUGCUUUCCAGUGCCUGCCUCCCGCAGAUCACACUUCAUAUCUACCCUUGUCCAUGCCCAUGCCAAUACCCAUCAGCCCAGACGAUCAUUUCUCUUCUUCCUUCUACUAAAUGGCAAUACAUUUAGGAAAGGUGUAACCACGGCUACUGUAUUGGGUCUCUUAUGAGGCAUCAGACGAUAAAACAAAACAAGAUACACUUGCAUAACUUUCACGGCGGAUAACUAUAAAGAUCUAUCGUUUUUAUUUAUCGUAAUUUUAAUGUACUUGUAAAUUGAAAUUGAGUUAUUUCAUGUUUUAAGCACGUUUAAUUAUGGCAUUUCUUUUUAUUAACGAGCGAACUUUUAGCCGUGCCUUGUUCCAUGUUUCGUUUGUUAAUCGAUUACUGGCCUUACAGUGGAUGCAGCUGUGAUGCUUUUUGGAGACUUAACACAUUUAUGUCAACAUCUAACACGGCUUACAAGUUACCCAAUGCACUACUUAUGGUUUCACUAGAAGACUCCCACCCUCUGAAAAGCCAUGGCAGUUCAGAUUGGACGGCCGGUGCCCGAAACCCAGUAGGAGAGUUGGUGUUUGCUCCCAGGUAGACCACACUACGAAUAUUUUGCAACAAGCGUACUGAUCGAUCGUGGGGUCCAUCUAGUGUCUUGUCAAAUGGGCACUCGGGAAGUUUCUGUGGGGAUUAAGCGUCCGGAACGUGAAUGUUACCUCUCAUCUAGAAAUAUGCCCAGGUUAGUAAUGUACUUAACGCCGACCCCUACAUUUAUCUGGAUAUCCAAAUUGUUUCAAGUCCCACAGUUAUAACAGCGUCGACCUCAAUAUCAGCUUGUAGGAUGGCCAUGUAGAUUUCUGGAACCAGAGUUAAAGGUUGUAAAUUUGAUACAUUUGCUAAUUUCUACUCUUUUUCUUGUGUCUGUAUGUGAAAAAUCAAGCGUCUCCAGACGAGUGACCGAGGGCAGAGCGGUCGCCCCGCCAUAAGGCCGUCGCCCCGUUUAUUCAUUCGAAAAUGAUACAGGAUUAAGGAUACAAGAAAUUAUGUGAGGAACCUACAGACUAUUUAAAGGCCGUGGUUAACUCUUUCCAUGUUAAAUAUUAUGAAGCAAUGUAAUAGUGUACACAUAAAAAUAUUUUAUAGCCACUUUUAACGUUGUUGUGUGUACGUAUAUUUCUGUAAUCAUAUUUCUAUGUUCUCGCCUUUGUAUACUGAUACACAGCAUAAUAGUUAUGCUACAAAAACAAUAUUUUGGAAAGUAUUGUCCUUGGUAAUUCUUUAUUUUUAAGAGAGUUAAAAAUUUUUAGAAGUAGGAUGAUGCAGUCCCUAUAUUAGGUUCUCUGUAUUGUCAGCAGUGGGGUCUGAAUUGAGAAAUCUUUAUUUUUGUCGUUAACUUUUCAUGCUGGAUCUUCAACGCCAUUACCAUCGACGAUUUGAUCGGUAAUUGCUGUCAGAGUUGUUUUAAAUGAAAUAAUAAACAGAUGUGCCAUACGAAGUGUUUUCAUGCCUUGCAAAUAUUAUCCAGAGAAUGUUGUAAUGUAAUAGACAGUAUAUACACGUUAGUGACUAAAGAUUUGGGUGGAACAAAGCAUUGGUACAUUCAUGUUGUUAUUCCUAUUGUAUUGUACUUCAAUCCUGAAGCUUGUUCCUAUAUUACAGAUGUUUUGAAAAAAUUUGAAUAGUUUAAUUUACUUUUUGAAUAGUUUAAUACGUAGUUUUGA